AUGAGUGUAAAUACAUUGUCUUCGUACACCAUUGUAACUGAUGAAGGCUCAUCAAACGAAGAUGAAAGUUCAUAUUCAGUAAAACGAGUUACACCAAAAACGAGUAAAAGAAAAAAUGUUGAUGAGUCAAAAGCUAGUAGUAGUAAAAAGACCAAGAUCGGAAAGCAAUCGGAAUCAUACAAGGAUACAUUUAUGGAUUUGAAUUCAAAAGGAAAAUUUGAAAACGAUGUAUUAAACACCAUAACCAUGAAGGAAGGAAAUAGUUCAUACACUUUUAAAUGUCCUGUUGCGCCACACUGUGAAGACUACUAUGUCAUUCAGCACUAUAAAAUUAACACAAUUCAAAAUAUUCCGUCAGAUGAAAGGUUAGUAAAACACUAUGGUCUAUAACAUG